AUGGAUGAUGUCCUGAGUGUAUCACAAUCAAAGUCAGACACAGUUAAAAUGGCACCUGCACAGAGUAGGCUUGAGCAAAGAUGUAGUAUUAAAUAUAAUGUAAAACUAGGUAAAACAGCCAAAGAAACAAUCAGAGAUGUAAAGACGGCUUAUGGGAGAGAUGCUAUAUCGCAAAGGAACAUAUAUCGCUGGUAUAAUAAAUAUUUCUCUGGAUAUAAAGAUGUCAAUGAACAGCCUAAAUCAGGAAGACCUGUGUCAAGUUUUGAUCAGGAGACAGUCGAGGCAAUUGAGACGAGAGUGUUGGAGGACAGGCAAGUGUCUGUGAGAACCCUUGCAGAGGAGUUUGAUCUGUGUUGUGGAACUGUGCACACUAUAGUUACUGCAAUUUGAAGAAAGUCUCCUUCAAAUGGCUUCCUCGUGAAUUAAAAGAUGAACAAAAAGCCAAGAGAGUUGCACUUUCACAGGCUUUUUUGUCAGCGUAACGGAGAAAGGGAAUGGACUUUCUGGAGCAAAUUGUAACUUCUGAUGAAAGCUCAAUUGGAUUCUAUACCCCUGAGAAUGCCCAACAAAGUGCUGCAUGGCAACAUGAUGACUCGCCUACACCAUCAAAGCCAAAACUGAUGCCUGGGGUUCCUAUGAAAAAGCAGAUGAUAAUCACAUUUUUCGACUUCACCUUUUUUGAGAGACAGCAUAUAACAGGUGGGCUAAGACUCAGAUUAGUGACCAUGAUGGGUCUCAACAUUGCCAUGGCAAUUGAGGAAAUGCACAGCAAUGGCAUCAUUCACUGUGAUGUUAAGCCAGAGAACAUACUUGUCUUUAGUGACAAAACUAGAAAAAGACAAAUAUUCAAAGCAAGACUUUCUGAAGGAACUCAGCCGAGCUUACAAGGAGCAACAACAUCAAUUGAUCAGUCUGCAGAGAAUACUGAUGAUCUGGCCCCAUCACCCAAAUCUGUAUGA